AGACAUGUUUGCAGAUAUGUCUGGGGCGUGGCGGAGACUCACUUUGCUUCGACGGUCCACGUCCAAUAUUCCAGUGAAGCGUACGACAUGGUUGGUCUCUGGUUGACCUCUCAGCCAUUCGCUCACAGGGCACGGUCGUCUCUCGUCCGAGUCGGCUGGAGACGGUCAUUCGGCGAUGAGAACAGGACGCAGAAGAAGCCUCUGCACUACUUUCCUUGGAAGGGAAUGUCCUACUUCGUCUACAACAAGUAUUUGUUCUGGUUUCGCUCUGUGGAGAAAGACCUCGGCUUUCAUAUGGAGGAGGUGGUCACGGUCUCGUGCUUUGGAUCCCCAGCAGUCCUGAAGCUGACCAAGAACAAGACCACUAUCUUCGAACACUAUGAUGGCAAGCGGAAAAGGACGCACGUGAAAAGCAUCAGGCCAAUCUCCACUGUUGUCAUGAAUGAGGAGGUGAAGGCGGCACUCAUACAGGACAUCGAAGGCUUCUUGCAUCAGGAAGCUCCCGCAUGGCAUCUCAGCCGUGGCAUCCCUUACCGAAAGGGAUACUUGCUUUACGGGCCGCCUGGGACCGGGAAGUCCAGUUUGUGCUUGUCUUUGGCGGGGCGCUUUGACUUGGACGUCUACAUCCUCAACAUCUCUGCCGUCGGAAGCCACUCCCUAAGCUCUCUGCUUGCGGAACUCCCGCCUCGUUGUGUCCUCCUGCUGGAAGACGUGGACGCUGUUGGUCUAGCGCAGCCUCGGCAAAGCGAAACGGACAUCAGCCAAGCCAAGGAAGAUGCCGCCCGGGACCGGCCCCGAUCUCAAGGGAAGCUGUCGCUAUCGGAGCUUCUCAACGCUCUCGAUGGCGUAUCGUCACAUGAGGGUCGGCUGCUCAUAAUGACGACGGAUGACUUGGACCAUCUAGAUCAGGCACUCAUCCGGGCUAGCCGUGUAGACAAGAAAAUCGAGCGUCCGAACGCCGACAAGGACGUGAUGUUCCGACUCUUGGAGUGCAAAAUCGCAGCGACUUGA